GAGAAUUUCUUUUGCUGAUCAAGUUGUUUGUCAUUAUUUUAAAUAUACUAAAUUGUAUACUGUGAUUAAAUUCAGUCACAAAGUAAACGACAACGGAGUUGAAACGCUGUUCAUCCUAAUAUUAAAGAUAAGAUUAAUUUCAAACGUUCCACAGCAAAACUAUACAAUGCUAAAUUUCACCAAUGGAAUAGUUCUACUUCUAAGUGUCGUGAAACAUCAAAGCGAAUUUGACAUAAAAGUUAAAUUCCCUGAGCUUAAAGAUGCAAUAGAUCAAAUCGAUAACGAAAUGGGAUAUUAUUCCGGUAACUCCAAACACGAUGUAGAUACGGCCAGGCGUUUUAAUGAAGAUGCACGUAUAACUUAUCACCAAUCUGUUGCACCUGUAUUCAAUUGGUGCGGGGAGGCCAUUGAUAAAUUCAACACCAUACUUCACCAUUUAAGAAAUGAAAGUAUGUCAAAAGAAGGAAAAGACUAUAUAUGGAAUAUCACUGUGACUACAAUAAACGAUGGCCUAAUAAUAACUUCAAAUUCAUUGGAUAUGUUAAACGAUGUACAAGGUAAAUCAUCGAGAGUGAAUAAUUUACUUAAAACCAUUUUACAUGACACGUAUGAUGAUUUUGGCCCAAACGGCUUUUACGGAAAAAGGAAAAUUGAAGUCCAGAAAAGUAUAGAAUAUUAUGAGCACAAGAUAAAAGUAUUUGAUGUACUUCAACAUAUUCCGAUUGUCAAUAUAGUUAGUCUCACUAUUGAGAUUAUUAAAGAGUACGAUGAAAAGCUAAAUGCAUUAAAAUUUGAAAAAUGGGAUAUUCAACAUACGUUUGAAAAUAUAAUACGAAAAAUUGAACGUGCUAGUCAAAUAGCAAAAACCUUGGUGAAUCCCUAUUUGGAAGAAGACAAAACGAAUUUGGUUACACUAAGGGGCAAAGCUGAUGCUGUAGACAACGAAAACCCACUCUUAAGAAUGGACAGUGCGACUCUCCGGGCUUUAAUGGUGCGUCCCAUCCAGGAAUUGAUUACCCAAUGCCACAAAUAUAAUGCGUGGCACGGAUUCAAAAAUUAAUUCUAAGAAAUGGACUUAGUUUUGAUAAGAGCAGUUUGCGUAUCAAUUCAAAAUUUUUCAAAACAUGAAAAGAAAGAAAGUACUGUAGUUGGAAAUCUUCAGAAUCCGAUUUUAAUGGACGAUUUUCGAACAAGUUCAAAUUUACAUUAGUUCUUAUUCUUGAUUAUGGAUUACUCGCACCGUGUAAUAAAUUUUCUACUGUACUAUGGUG